UUAAUCAAUUGAAGUUUAAUAUAAAAAAGAGCAUGACUAUAUUAUGAAUUUGAAACUAGUAAAUAUAUUUUUGACUCAAUACAAGGAUUAAAUUAAUUUCAACAGGCAUUUAUUUUUAAAUGAAUUUAACUCUUCAUCAUCAUCAUCAUCAUCAUCAUCAUAAAAUUUGUUUGGGUCAGAUGGCACUUUAAUCGCAACUUGAAAAAGAGAGAGAGAAAAAGAGUAAAUAAACCUAACCUAAAAUAAUAACAACAAUAAUUUAUCGUUUAUUUAUUUUUGUUUUGACUUUUGACAACUCUAAUUUUGUUGUUGUUGUUGUUUAUAAUAUAAUCAUGCCAUUUACAAAUGACGCAGUGACACUUCAAAUAAAUGAAAGGCUUAAAAAUAUAUACAAUCUUGUUCAUGAUAUUGAAAAAGAGCGUAUAAAAUGUGAAGUAAAUUUGAAUAAUAUAAGUAAAACACUUGAUAAAGUAACACCUGAUGACAAAGUAACACCGUAUUAUCAACAAAAAUUAAAAAAUUUAUACAAUGCAGCAUGUCAAGAUGCACAACAAGAGGAAGAACUUGUACGUACAACAUUAAAUAAAAUAAAUGAAAUACGUACAAUUAGAAAUGAAAGAAGAAUACAAGCAAGACAAGCUGGUAAUAAAGAAACAAUACGUCGUGGUGCAUUGAUGAAAAUGUUACAAAUAACAGCACAAACAUUACCAUUGUAUAUUGGUAAAACACCUGGUGGUAAAGCACCAGCAUUAUGUGGUGCUGUACCAGCUGAAUCAACAUAUCAUGCUAAAAUGGGUGAUAUGGUUGCAGCACUUGUUAAAGGUGCUGAAGAAGAAGAAAAUUGGAUUCUAGCUGAAGUUGUACAUUUUAAUUCAACAACAAAUAAAUAUGAAGUUGAUGAUAUUGAUGAAGAACAAAAAGAUCGUCAUGUAUUAUCUAAAAGACGUGUUGUUCCAUUACCAUUAAUGAGAGCUAAUCCAGAAACUGAUUCACAUGCAUUAUUUUCAAAAGGAUCAAUUGUCAUGGCACUUUAUCCACAAACAACAUGUUUUUAUAAAGCUGUUGUUAAUCAAUUACCAACAACAUCAACUGAAGAAUAUGAAGUGCUAUUUGAGGAUGCAACAUAUGCUGAUGGAUAUUCACCACCAUUAAAUGUCGCACAAAGAUAUGUCAUUGCAAUUAAAGAAGGAAAAAAAUCUAAAAAUUAAAUAAUUCAAUAAAAUAUCUAUUAAUCUUUUAAUCCAACACGUUUUAUUUUAUUUAUUAUAUAUUCAAAUUUU